CUUUGUUUGUCUCUGUAUGUUCGUCCUCGCUCGUGCUCGCACUAUAGGAGCAGCACAACAUUCCAGCUUUCGAACCGCACUUUCGACGCGUCUUUGGCAGCGCCAUCUAUCCUUAAUCAUGCCACCAGCAAAAAGGAAGAGAUCAAUUGACCCAGCGAAGGCUCUUUCGAGCAGUGAGCAAGCACCACGGCCUCUCAAACGACGAGCUUCGUCCCGGACAGCCGCGACUUCUGCGAUCACGAACCCAGAUCGAAGUGCCGAUGUUAUCGACGCCCCAGACGCUUUGCGAGCUUCACCAGACAGCGACGUGAACACAAAUAUCGUACCUGGUCCUGUCAAAGGUCAGACGAAUGGCGCAGGUGGAGACAGCCCGCUGAGCGAUGCUCCAGAAGUAGUGGAGGCGCCGGCACCUGUGGCGAAGAAGAGAGGAAAAUCGAAAAAGGCUGCAGAGGAAGUGGUAGAAGAUGCUGUUGAUGGCGAUGUCGACCAUUCAAAGCUCAAGACACCAGCAAAGAAAGGUCGAGCUAAGAAAGCUGCCGCCGAGGCGCCAACAGCAGAUGUUGAGGCACCAGCCACAACAACCAAGAAGAAGCCUAUAGAGAGUGCUGGUGAUCCUGAGGCGGAUGGAGACGAAGAUGCAGAUCCUGAAGAGAUCAAGGAGGCAUUGUCUCGCCCACCUCCGGUCAACAGUGAUUACCUACCAUUGCCAUGGAAGGGAAGGUUAGGAUACUGCUGUCUCAACACGUAUCUGAGGAUGUCAAAUCCACCGAUAUUCAGCUCGCGUACUUGUCGCAUACAAUCUAUACUUGAGCAUCGCCACCCCCUGCAGGAUCCAACGCAACCUGAGCAUGCGACCAAGAAUCGACCAGAUAAAAGCAAGCCAGUAGAUGUUGCUCUUGGACAGAGAUACGUCGAAGAGCUAGGACUAGCAAACGUGAAGGACAUCAUCAAAAUGGUUCGCUGGAACGAUCGAUAUAACAUCAAGUUUUUCAGGCUAUCCUCGGAGAUGUUUCCAUUUGCAUCGCACCCAGAAUAUGGCUACAGUCUAGCUCCAUUUGCAUCAGAAGCGCUCGCAGAAGCUGGACGAGUCAUCGCGCAACUUGGCCACCGCGUGACAACACAUCCAGGACAGUUUACACAGCUGGGGAGUCCGCGACCUUCUGUGAUCGACAACGCCUUCCGAGACUUGGAAUAUCACGACGAAUUGUUGUCACUGUUGAAGCUACCUGAGCAAAUGAACAAAGACGCUGUGAUGAUUAUGCAUAUGGGAGGUCUUUUCGAAGGCAAGGAGGAAACGUUACAGAGGUUCAGAGAAAACUAUGCCAAGCUGAAGCAGAGUAUUAAGAAUCGUCUGGUGCUGGAGAACGACGAUGUGAUCUGGUCGGUGCAUGAUCUGCUUCCGGUGUGCGAGGAGUUGAACAUCCCACUCGUCUUGGACUACCACCACCACAAUAUCAUUUUUGAUGCCGAACAGAUUCGCGAGGGCACAAAAGAUAUCAUGGAUCUCUACCCUCGGAUAACUGCUACCUGGACACGCAAGGGGAUCAAGCAGAAGAUGCAUUAUUCGGAGCCGACUCCUCAGGCCAUUACAGGUCGACAGCGUCGCAAGCAUAGUCCACGCGUAGCCUCUCUCCCACCAUGUGCUCCAGACAUGGACUUGAUGAUCGAAGCCAAGGAUAAAGAGCAGGCGGUGUUUGAAUUGAUGCGGAUAUUCAAGCUGCCAGGAUACGAUACAUUCAAUGAUAUCUUGCCUUACGUUCGCAAUGAUGACAACAAGAUGGCAUUGCAGGCAAUGAACAGGAAGAAAAAGAAGGAGGAUGAGCCAGAACCAGAGUUGAUUCCCGAAGAGGACAUUGGCAUGGGUGGACCAGAGGGCAGAGUAUAUUGGCCGCCUACAAUGGAAGAAUGGUUGCGCCCAAAGAAGAAGGAGGUCAAGAAGAAGGAUCCGAGUGAAAAGGCCGAGAAGUUGAAGCAAGAGGCAGCAGCUCUGUAUGCAGCCCGAGAGGCAGAAAAGAAGGCCGCUAGAGAGGGCAAGACUGUCAAGGAGGAAUCGGAAGAAUCUGAUCCAGAGGCUACGCCCGCAACCAAGAAAGCCAAAGCUGCAAUGAAGAAGAAGGCCAAAUCAGACGCCGAGAAGGCUGCAAUCAAGCAGCAAGAAGCAGAAGCCAAAGCCGCGGAUAAAGCAGCGCUUGCUGCUGCCAAGGCUGCAGCGAAGAAGACGUCCAAAGUGAAGAAGGAGGCACAGCCGGUGCCCACGCCUAGUAGUAGUGAGGAUGAAGAGGCCCCUGAGCUCGACGACGAAGACGAUGAGCCUGUGAUGAGGAAGUCAGCAAAGACAGCGACAGCAUCGAGACCAGCAGUUUCGAGGACAGCGAGCAGACGAUCGGCAAAGAGCAAGGUCAACUAUAAUGAGGAUGAAAUGGAGGAAUGA